AUGAACGCCGGUGGCCAGUUUACGGAUUUUCCGGCGGUGCAAACUCACGGAGGACAGUUUAUAAGUUACGAUAUCUUCGGUAGUUUAUUCGAGAUCACAUCCAAAUAUCUCCCUCCGAUCACACCUAUCGGCCGAGGCGCUUACGGGAUCGUUUGCUCUGUGUUGGAUUCGGAGACGAACGAGCUGGUUGCGAUGAAGAAGAUAGCGAACGCUUUCGAUAAUCAUAUGGAUGCUAAGCGUACACUUCGUGAGAUCAAGCUUCUUCGCCAUCUGGAGCAUGAAAACAUUAUAGCUAUAAGAGAUGUGGUUCCUCCACCACUUCGAAGACAAUUCAGCGAUGUUUAUAUUGCUACUGAAUUAAUGGACACUGAUCUUCAUCAAAUCAUCAGAUCCAACCAGAGUUUGUCAGAGGAACACUGUCAGUACUUCCUCUACCAGCUUCUUAGAGGGCUCAAGUACAUCCACUCAGCUAACGUUAUUCAUAGGGACUUAAAGCCGAGCAAUCUUCUGCUUAACGCAAAUUGCGACUUAAAGAUAUGUGAUUUCGGUCUUGCUAGACCGACUUCAGAGAAUGAGUUUAUGACGGAGUAUGUUGUCACGAGAUGGUAUAGAGCACCUGAGCUUCUGUUGAACUCCUCGGACUACACAGCUGCUAUAGAUGUUUGGUCUGUUGGUUGUAUCUUUAUGGAGCUCAUGAAUAGAAAGCCUUUGUUCCCCGGUAAAGACCAUGUCCACCAAAUGCGCUUAUUGACAGAGUUGCUUGGCACACCGACAGAAUCUGAUCUCGGGUUUACACACAACGAGGAUGCGAAAAGAUACAUCCGGCAACUUCCCAACUUCCCUCGCCAACCGUUAGCGAAACUUUUCUCUCAUGUUAACCCAUUGGCCAUUGAUCUAGUUGACAGAAUGUUGACGUUUGACCCCAACAGAAGAAUCACUGUUGAAGAAGCUCUUAAUCAUCAGUACCUCGCCAAAUUGCACGACCCUAAUGAUGAGCCAAUAUGUCUAAAGCCAUUCUCUUUUGAUUUUGAACAACAGCCUCUAGACGAGGAACAGAUAAAAGAGAUGAUCUACAAGGAAGCCAUAGCACUCAAUCCAACAUAUGCUUAG